CGGCUGGCGUCACUCAAGGGGCACUACUGCUCCUACAGUAAAUAUUUGUGUUUUCUCAACCGGUUGUGAUGGUGAACGACUGAGACUGAAAAGAGAGGAAUAAAACCACGAAUAUCGAAGUCUAGACACAAUACUACGAGACGCGAGUAGGAAUAAAGCUUCAGCGCAAAAUGGAUGAGCUCAAACACCAAGUAAUGAUAAACCAGUUCGUCUUGACAGCGGGUUGUGCUGCAGAUCAGGCAAAGCAGCUUUUGCAAGCAGCACAUUGGCAAUUUGAGACUGCCCUCAGUGCCUUUUUUCAAGAAACGAAUAUUCCAUACGGUCACCAUCAUCAAAUGAUGUGCACCCCAGCUAACACACCGGCCACCCCACCCAACUUCCCUGACGCCCUCACCAUGUUCUCCCGGCUGAAGGCCUCAGAGAGCUUCACCACCAGCAGCCCCAUGGCCUCCAUGGCCACCUCUCCCCCUCCUCCACACGAUUGCUGGGGCGUGCCACCGCCCCCCAUGCCCAUGAGCGGCCCACAGGGUCAGGGACUCUGGAUUCAGGGGGAGCCACCCUCCCACCCCGCAGCCUGGCCCACGGGGGUCACCAUUAACCCCCACACCCACCAACACCCGGCCACCGAACAGAAGGCGAGUGUGGCCAUGGAGGCCGAGAGAUGAGGGGCCAGGACUGGACGGCCCUGGGGGGAGGAAGGGAGAGGGAGGGAUGGGUAAGGAGGAAAGGAAAGGUGAAGGUGUCUCUUUCCAAUUGAGGAUGGGAGGGUGGAGACAAAGACAGCUACGUAAAACCAAGCAACUACAUAAUGUGGACAUUUCAACAAGAGGUGGAGAAAAUGAUUCGAAUAAGGAAUCAAAAGGAAAACAUUUGAAUGGAAAAAGCAGUGCACACACUUAGCAAUAAGAGAGCAACUGAAAUCUUUGUUAGUUUGUUUUUCUUCUCUCUGUAAAUGUAUAGAUAAGACAAAGAAAUGUAUGGAACUAAAGGUAAUCACCAUCAUGCUGAUGUUUUCUGACAUUUAAAAGGCAGCAACUGUUUCUUCUCUUGUUCUUCUUCUUUUCUUUUUGUCUGUCCAUCCAGUGUUUUCCCUCUACUGGGGAACAGUGAUAAGAUGUGUUUGUGUUGCAUGGAGAGAGAGAAUCUGUCCAUCCAGUGUUUUCCCUCUACUGGGGACCUGUGAUAAGAAGUGUUUGUGUUGCAUGGAGAGAGAGAAUCUGUCCAUCCAGUGUUUUACCUCUACUGGGGACCUGUGAUAAGAAGUGUUUGUGUUGCAUGGAGAGAGAGAAUGUGUCCAUCCAGUGUUUUCCCUCUACUGGGGAACAGUGAUAAGAUGUGUUUGUGUUGCAUGGAGAGAGAGAAUCUGUCCAUCCAGUGUUUUCCCUCUACUGGGGAUCAGUGAUAAGAAGUGUUUGUGUUGCAUGGAGAGAGAGAAUCUGUCCAUCCAGUGUUUUACCUCUACUGGGGACCUGUGAUAAGAAGUGUUUGUGUUGCAUGGAGAGAGAGAAUCUGUCCAUCCAGUGUUUUCCCUCUACUGGGGACCUGUGAUAAGAAGUGUUUGUGUUGCAUGGAGAGAGAGAAUCUGGCAGUGUAAUGUUUUACUCUAGUAUUCUCAACAUGUGUCUGUGUGCAGUGUAACCGUCACGCACACUUACACACUCAACUAGCGAGCAGAAGAAACAGUGACAUAGUUUUCAUUACCCAUCGGAAGGUGGAACUCUUCUUACCUCACCUGGUGGUCACCUGACUUUUUUCAGCCUAUCAGGGAUUCUCAACUGUUUGACAAUGCAGAACAUUUUUUUAAACUGAUUGUAAUUUUUCAACUCUGGUAUUUUCUCAUGACGAUGACACUGUUCACUGCUAUAGCUUUUCUUUCCAACGAAGGGUGAUGCUUUACUAUUAACCUGUUCUGGAAGAUAGAACUGGCCACUGCAAUGGUUCUGCAGAUUUGGGUAUUAUAUAAAAAUCAUGGUUUGAUAUAUUAAAGUUCAUGUUUUUCUUGGUGGGAGGGAUGGGUGGGGUUUUGGAGGAUUCGAGAGUGGGCGGGAUUUGUUUAUGUUGUGUUUGGAAAGAGCCAAUCGGAGAAGCUAAAAAUAAAUACAUAAAAACAGACUACUAUAAAUACAUUGACCAUUUGUAAAGCAGAACUUGCCACUUUGCAUGAGGGAUACUGUCUUGUAGCAAACACUUGAAACCGAGACGUGUUUCUGGCUGUUGGCGCAGGGGAUACUACAUGGUUUAUCCCUCUGAUUUAUAAUUUGUAUAGCAGCAUAAUACAACUGGUUAUGAUCACAACGUGUACUGUGAUCCUGCCUAUAGCAGAUUAUGUAAAGCAUUGAUUUAAGACAAUAUUCACAUGCAAGGUCGGCCCCGUUCAGUUUUGUUGUCCUUGGGUUAUUUCAAUUGAAUAAAGAAUAUAAAAUAAACCCAGCUAGAAAUCUUUGUUUAUGUAAGUUCUUUUUUUAGGCAGAACAUUUUCAGGAAAAUAUAAUUAUAAUUCUGAGUAAACCAUCUUUAAUUUUACUAAAAUAAUGUUUCAGUUCAUCCCUUUUCCAUCAUUUUUGUUUGAAUCUGGGAAUCUUGGGAUGGCCUAUACCUGAAUGGUUUCUCAGUGUAUGUUUCCCCCUGUGUGACUGUAUUACCAUUCCCACAAUAUUUGUGGACUACCUGAUAAUUAACUUAGCAUUUUUUGUGUUCCUAAAUAAAUAUUGUAUGUCAACCUA